AAGAAUGUAAAGAACAAAUUCAUAGGUUUCCUGGUGCUUUAUUUAAAUCAUUUGAAAUAAAGCAGCAAGCAGAAGAUUAUGUAAACAAUAUGAUUGAAAAAGAAAAUAUAUUUGUUUGGACUGAUGGAUGUUGUGAAAAUAAUGGUAAAAAAGAUGCUAGAGCAGGUAUUGGAGUUUAUUGGUCAGAAAGAAAUCCAUUGAAUUUAAGUGAAAGAUUACCAGGAUAUUUACAAACAAAUAAUCGAGCAGAAAUUUUUGCAGUAAUUCGUGCUAUUGAAACUUGUAUAGAAAAUGAUAAAUGCUUAGUGAUAUAUACAGAUAGUAUAUAUGUGAUCAAUUGUCAAGGAGUAAAGAAUCCUAAAAAGAAUCUUGAUUUAGUUAUUAGAUUGAAUGAUCUGAUUAAAGAACGAAAAGGAAAAGUUGUUUUUAAAUAUGUUAGAGGUCAUCGUGGAAAUGAGGGUAAUGAACAAGCAGAUAAAUUAGCAUAUUUAGGAUCACAGAAACCAUUUGUAGAAUUAGUUAUACCUGAAUCUUUAAAUGUAAACAAAAAAAAGAGAACUAUAAAAGAUUAUUUUAAAAAUAAAGAUUUAUUUCAUAUGACGAUCGGGAGGCGAUUCAACAACGUUGUAUCAGAGACAUUACCAGCUUUGCUGGUAACCACAGAGAGCCUGGCUGGCUCUGGAAGCCGAAAACAAAGUUUAAUGUUAAAACUUUGUCUUUAUUGUAAACAAGAUAAUCAUCCUAUUUCUGAUUGUCAUAUUGUUGAGUAUCUUCAAGUCAAAGUUUUGAGAAUAACCAAAAAAGGAAAGAAUGAAAAUUUCAAGGAGAAUCAGAAUUUUUUAGUAGACAGAAAAUUUAAAAAGAUUAUUAGAUCUCAUAAAUGGUACAAGAAAGAAACAGAUAUUGUUGAUGAGAAUAAUCAAAAUUUUGUUAAUCACAUGUUUCCAGAUAUCAAAAUUGAUAAGAUCAAAUUUAAAAAUAAUUAUAGUUUUGAUUUAC